CCAGAUGCUUUACGGUAUCCCGCUACCACGACUUCCGCCCGCAGUCGCGCUUUGUUUACAGUGAGCUACUGCUAGCCUGCUAGCUCAAGGCAGCGUUCAGGAUGGCCGCGCCAAGCUAACGGUCGACCACUCCUCUGCGUUAAAACGUUCCACACUCGGCCACCUUGGAGCCUUUAUAGGCCUUCUCCAGUUACUAAUUGUUGUCGUCGUCUGGCCCGCGCAGCCAACAUGUCGACCGGCGUGGCUCUCCACAACCAGAUAGGCUCCAUCAUCACCGCUAUGUGUAACGCCGCCGCGGCUCAGAUCGCCAAAGUAGUGGAGGACGGCAUGGUGGUGCUUCGACUGGAGCUGUCCCAACGAGAGCAGGAGAUCAGGAGGCUGAGAAGCAGCGUGGAGGUGCUGCACGGCGAGCUGAGAGCCGCCAGAUUCACGACGGGCCUGCGAGGGCAGCCCCUCGGCUUGAAUGGUGAUGUGGACCCGACUGGAGAUGCACACUUCACACAGAGAAGGUGUCUGAGCAACUCUGAGGCUGAGAGGGCGAAUCCUGAAAAGGUCCUAAGUGACUUUCCGAAUCAUGACGUACCUGUAAAGCGAGAACCCCUGGAAGAGGAUAAAUGCGGUCAACCCCGACAGCUAGUAGAAGAGCAGAACCGGUAUGAAAAUGCUGACGCUGAGUGGAGACGGCGUCAAAACCCGCCCAGCAACUCCUACGGAGCAGCUUCCGAGUCUCCCAUGGACAUCCGGCAGGCCGCGCCGUGUGGCAGCUCUUAUGGCCGCAGUCCGCACCGCAACCUGUACAGCACCAUGCGAAGGAGGAUGGUCAAUCGCUUGAUGUUCAAGCGAGGCUUUGCCUGUCCGUUCUGCGGCAAAUGUUUCGAGCACUCCGGAAACCUGGAGAGGCACAAAAGGAUCCACACGGGAGAGAAACCGUUCCGCUGCGAGAUCUGCGGGAGGCGCUUUAAUCAGAAGUGCAGUCUCAAGGAGCACAUGAAGAUUCACCAAAGAUGUCUGCAGGUCCCACCGACAGACGUCCAAAUGGCGGCACAGAAACAAAACAGUGCCGACACGCAGCGGCCACCAGCAGAGGGAGACAUUCAUGCCGCGGCCAAGCUGAUUUCUUUGACCGAAUCGUCCCAGACAUCAGCACAAGUCAAGUCCGAGCUGCUGGAGGAGAGCGUAACACAGCCAAAAAGAGAAGAGGUGGACAGUGACGGUCAGCAGAGAUCGCCCAGGUCUAACGGCCCGAGCAAUAGCGAACAAGCAGAGAGAUCAGCACAGGAUGUCAAUUCCUUCCCAGGUGGUCCUCCGUUAGUCUCGCCACAAGCGGAGUCUUCUUGCAGCACCUUCGCCUUCCCAGGGAAACCUUUCGGAGAGGUCGGCAACCACAUGAUGUCGCAGCCACCGUACGCAACGCCGGGAGUCUGUCGGAUGACCGAGGACGCUGCCGCCGAGUCCCAGAACGGCACAAGCUCCUUCUACCAGACGUCCAGGCCGAAGAAGUGCUUCAUCUGCUCGUACUGCGGGAAGAUGUUUGUGCGCGCCGGACACCUGGAGCGCCAUUUACGCAUCCACACAGGCGAGAAGCCGUACGGCUGCGACAUCUGCGGCCGCUGCUUCAACCAGAAGUCUAGUCUCAAGUGUCACAUGAAGACUCACAGAAACGUCAGGAGCACAGAAGAGCAGGCGGAAAAUUCCCUGACGAUGCCCGACAGUGGACUGCAGGAAAAGGGGCUGGAAGCCAAGACUGGGCCUGGGUCUUUGGAGGACCAGCUAACGGGAUACAGCGACUCGGGAAGGAGCGACGCUUUAAUUUUGAACCACGCCAAUUAUCCUCUGAGUGCCUCAGCCGGCGCCGCCAACGAGUGGCAAAAUAUGAAAGAGCUGCCGUUCCUCGAUGGGAAAGUGAAGAUGGACAUUCUGUCCUUGGAUCCCUUCUCACAGAUGGGGAUACCACCCCAGUGCUCGAAUUUGAUCCUGGGUCCCGAUCGCCACUUUGACCAUGACACCAGCUCGGGGAGAAUCGGAACUUUAUCGGAGUUCAAUCUGCCGUCCGCUGUCGGCCAGGAGGAUUCCGGCGUCGGUGCCGCCAGCGCGCAGAAUUGCUACAUUUGCUCUGCCUGCGGGCAAAGUUUUGACUCUUUCAUUUUGUUUGAAAGGCACCAGUGCAAGCCCACUUGAGCGCAAAUGUUGAGAUCUUCAACCAACUAACUGAACGUGCACAUGAAGAGUCACUUCGCUACCAUUGCAGUGUUUCCCCAUAUAUUAAUUUAUUUGUGCCAUAUGUUAUCUUUUCGCUCAUAAUCACAUUACAAUAAUCAGUCCCUGCGGGAUAAAGCAAUGUUGUGAUGGCACAAAUUCAACUAAUCACUGCAAUUUUGUCCAUUACCCUCAAUCAGCGUAAUUGUUAAAAUUCGAAUUUGCCUCUAAGCAACCCAAGUCAACUUUCCAAUCAUACAGUGGGGCAAAAAAAGUAUUUAGUCAGCCACCGAUUGUGCAAGUUCUCCCACUUAAAAUGAGGACAGAGGUCUGUAAUUUUCAUC